GUCCAAUAGGUCCCGGAAUAGUCGUAAAUAUACGACGACACGUCGUCGUUUCAUGGACGGGUUUCGUCGUCUUGGAGCUCUAAACCCUGAGAUUGAGAGUCCCAAACGUUCAAUCUCGCUUAAACCCUGAACGUUCCAAUCCAUCAAAAAGGAAAGGAAAAAAGAAAAGAAAAGAAGAUCAAUCUUUAUUUUCCCAUUCAUCAUACAAAUCCCAAAAAAAUGUCAUUUCUCAUACUCAGAAAAUCAUUUAGAAGCUCCAAAAUUUCUACGCAAACCCCUAGAAUUUCCUUCCUAUUCUCUUAUGCGUCUCACAAAACCACAGAAACCCCAUCUGGGUCUCGUCGAUUCUCGCAUUCGAUAGCAGAAAACCCUAGUUCUACACCUGGAUAUCCCAUUUACAGGCAUAGCUUUUCUGGGAUUUACUCCAAUUCACUUCCAAGCAUAAAAAACUCUAAUGGGUUUCACCAAACUCCUUUCCUUUCAACACCUGCGGAAUCCGAGAAGCUUAUUUCAGGUUCUGGGUCUCCCAUUUUUAGGCGUAACUUUUCUGUGUUUUGCCCCAAUUCACUUCCAAGCAUAAAAAACCUUUGCCAAUUUCGCCAAAGUCUAGUAAUUUUGACGCCGUUUCGAUAUUUUGGCACCGAAGCUGCUGUACAGCCCUCAACUGCGGACGGACUCACGGUCGAGGGGAUCAUAGCUAGUAAUUGGACAAUUCUUGAUGAGAGUGAGAGUGAUUGGAAGAGUCAUGCUGCUGCAAUUGCUCAAUCCAUUCAUCUUAUCAAGAAGCGUUUGAGGUGGAAUAAAUUGGUGGUUAGGUUGGAUUUGUUAUCAAUGGAGCUGAAUAAGCCAGAUCUUUGGGAUGAUCCUGUGCAUGCGGGGAAGAUUAGCCGUGAACAUGGUUCUCUCAUGGGUAAAAUGAAACAGGUGAGGGCAUUUGAGCGAGAAUUGCUAGAGCAUAUUGACAUGAUAAAGCUUGCUCGUGAGGAGAACGAUGCGGACAUGGAAUCGGAAUCAAUGAAAGCUUUGCUUAGGAUGAGAAGAAACUCAAAAGAGAAAGAGCUUCAAGCUAUGUUAGCUGGGGAGCAGGAUUCUUGCUCUUGUUACAUAGAGGUUCAAGCUGGAGCUGGGGGUACUGAGAGCAUGGAUUGGGCAGCAAUGGUCAUGCAGAUGUAUAAAAUGUGGGCUCAGCGACGUGGAUAUAAAGUAGCCGUUGUGGAUGAAAUGCCUGGUGAGAUUGCCGGAAUCAAGCGGGCAACAAUCAAAGUGGAUGGUGAAUACGCUUUUGGAUACGCUAAAGCAGAAGUAGGAGUCCACAGGUUGGUACGUAUCUCACCUUUUGACAGUAAUAAGCGCCGGCAUACAUCAUUUGCUGCUGUUGCUGUAAUUCCAAUCACGGGUGAUGGAUCUACCCGUGUACAAAUCAAUGAAUCUGAUCUCCGUAUUGAGCGGUUUCGUGCUGGGGGUCCUGGCGGCCAGCAUGCUAAUACAACUGACAGUGCUGUGAGGAUAGUUCACAUUCCCACAGGAAUUACUGCCACUUGUCAAAAUGAAAGAUCACAACAUCAAAACAAGGCUUCAGCGAUGGCUGUGCUUCAGUGUCGAGUGGACCAGCUUGAGAUGGCUCGCCAGGCUCAGAUGAAUGCACAACAUACUCAAUCUCUCACUGACAUAACUUGGGGCAGCCAGAUUCGUAGUUAUGUGCUUCAUCCUUACCGCAUGGUGAAAGAUCUGCGAACUAGCUAUGAAGUUUCGGAUCCUGAUUCUGUUCUUGAAGGAGAUCUGGAUGGCUUCAUAUUGAGCUAUUUAUCAGCUUCCAUUGAUAAAGAUGAAGGUCACCAAUGAACUUAUUAGUUACCGGAUUUCAUAGGCAUUAUGCAUAUUGUCACAAAGCUGAAUCCAUGCAAGGUGUACAUCUGACUGAUGACGAUUAGCCAUAAGACUUGACUAACAAGCCAAUCAGCUGCAACGAUGUUCCCAGUCAGGCAUGGGCUUUUGAAUUUUGAUAGUCAUGUAGAGCUGAUAUAGUUAAAAUUUAGAGAGGGCAUGGCAUUUAUAAUUUUAGUAGUAGGAUUGAAAAAAGGUCCUUCAAAUAUUUAUUUUUGGUGAUACAAUCAAUCAUGUGCUUUUUCUUCU